AUGCAAGCACGUGGUGCACCGAUUCCACCGAUUAAGGGUAUAUUCAUUCUCUUGCUCGCAGGCGAAACACAACAUAUUGCUCUAAGGGCUAGUGCCCAUGCGGCGGAUGUGCGUCUCGAACGCAAGCUUUGGUAUGAUUAUGCCAAGCUUAAGGCCAGAGGCCAAUUGUGCAAGCACACGCGCUCUGCUUCGGCUACUAAGGUAGCCGCGAGUGCUGGUCAGUCUGUGGCCAACAACCCGCCAACUUGCACCACUAGUGGUGGGGAACGGCCUCGGUCUCGAGAUGACCAUGGCCACGAUGCUCAAAAGCAUCCAAAGCAUAUGGGCAGUCUUGCCGAAGGGGUACCUCACAUUCCCAUGAGUUUUCAGACUCAGGGUACCCACGCCACUUUACCAGAUACUGGUAUUGGCCCUGAAGACGACGUCAUUUCAGUAGUCUCUCGACAUGAAAUUGACGACACCCAUGCUCAUCGAGCAAAGUCGGUGGCGGCCGGUGUACCGGUGGAAGCCCACGAGAAAUUGGUUAUCGAAGUGAAGGGUCUUCAAGAGGCCUUGGGUAAGUCCCAGUGCAUGCUGGAUGCGAUGCAAAGCCACCUUCAGGCGAUGGAGCAAGCUCAAACUCGGAGCGAGGCUCCCGCGAUAAUAAUUUUGUAA